UCCCUUCUCUUCCCUUCUCCUGUGUCAUCUCCUCUUCCCCCAUCUCCUCUCCUCCGCCUCCUCGCCUUCCGCCGCCGCCGCCGCCACCGCCGCCGCGUAGGGUUGCGACCACGCGAGGGGCUGCCGGCGGAUGAAUCCAAUCAUCGGGUAGGGUUCCGCUCGUCGCGCGGGGAUCUCGCCGCGGAAUCGGGUGGGGGGUUGCGCGUUUUUCCCCUUAGCUCUCUCUCCAGAUUCGUAGCCCGCGAGUGUGCCCGGCUUCGCAUCUGCGUCGGGCGGCGCCUCGGGUCCCGGUGGAUGAGCCCCGCCGGAAUCUCGACUCCGGGCUCGUGAUUCGCGAUGCGGGGGCUUUCUGUAGCCGCACUCGCUUAGGGUUUUCGGGGGUGUCCGAGAAUAUGGAGGAGCCCAUGGAGGUUUCUGAUCGGAUGCUCCACGCCUCUCCCGCCGCGGCCGCCGCGGCCCCGGCGACGGCAGAUGAUGCGCGCGAGACGGAGAUCGCAGGGGGCAUCGCGUCGGCGUCGGCGGCGGUGGAAGACCCCCCUGCUUCGGCGCCCCCCGCGAGUGAGGCGGCGGGCGAAGGCGUCAUCGCGGUCGAGCACGAGCGUGCUGCGGCGCAUCCGGUGAGCGAGACGAAGAUGGACGUCGACGAGGUCGGGACGGCGGACGCGGAGCAGGCCGUGGCGCCUGCUGCAGGGGAGGUGAAGGCGGAGGUGAACGGGGGCAGUAUCCCGGACAAGGAGCAAGAUGCGGCGGCGUGCACCCCGAUCCAAGUGAAGACCGAGGUGUAUGAGAACGGCGUUCAAGAGCAAGUGCAUACGGUGGCUGCUGUGGCAAGUGAGGUAAAGAUGGAAGGAUGUGAGGGCGGGGUGGUGGAUCAGAAGCCCACCACGACUCCUGCCGAUGGUUGUCAGAUGAAGGAGGAGGGGGAGUGCCUUGUGGGCCGUUACAUCAGCCGGAGUGUCGCUGGGCAUGGUCGAAUUCUUCUUGGGAAGGUUGCAUCCUAUGAUGGCAGCACUGGGAUCUACAGUGUGGUGUUUGAGGAUGGGCAGGGUGAGGAUUUAGAGCUUGCUCAGCUCCAGUCACAACUUGUUGGUGAAGAGAAUGGUGCAUUUGGCAUGAAGGUGAGCUGCCGGAAGAGGAAGCUGGACUUGCUAGUUUCAUCCGGUGGCGCCACUGAGGUGAAAGGGCCACCAAUUACUAGGCAGAGGGUCAAUGAAUCUGAGGUGUCCACUAGGCCUGAUGAGUCGCAAGAGAGUGGGUCUGGCUCGGAUGCUUCUGAGGAUGUUGAAUCUUCAAGCAAUUCAUCAAACUGCACUAAGGAACUGCCAGUAGAGCAUUAUCCACCAGUUCAGGUCCUGGAGUUGCCUCCGUCUUCAGGGGACAUUGCUGUGCCAGAGGAGGCCAUAAGUUAUCUUUUUUCUGUAUACAACUUCCUGCGAUCGUUUAGUGUGCAGCUGUUCCUCAGUCCAUUUGGGCUGGAUGAUUUUGUUUCAUCCGUUAAUUGCACCACGCAGAAUACAUUGUUGGAUGCUGUUCAUGUCUCACUACUGCGGGCACUUAGGCGGCAUCUUGAGACCAAAUCUUCUGAAGGAUUAAAACUGGCUUCAAAUUGCUUGAAGUAUUUAGACUGGACAUUACUAGAUUCAUUGACUUGGCCAGCUUUCUUGCUAGAGUACCUCUAUGUCAUGGGUAUUAUUAAAGAUCUAGGAGGCCGGAGAUUUGGUAGAAGUGUCCUAGCCAUUGAGUACUAUAAGCUUCCUGUUACCCUGAAGCUUAGGAUCCUGCAACUACUAUGUGAUCACGUCAUUGAUUCAGAAGAACUCAAGACUGAACUGGAAGAACGGGAAGGUUACAGUGAAGAAAUGGAAUAUGAGAUGGAUUCUAGUACUUUUGCGGAGGUUGGGUCAAGAUCAGUAUUGACUAGAGGCUCAAAGGCUCCAGCUUGCAAAAAGCUCGACGCUUUACAGAAUCUGGAAACUGCCCAAAACGGAAAUAAUCCAGAAUCUGCUUCAACACAUGCAUCCCAGGAUGGCAACAGUGAUGAUUGCCGGAUAUGUGGAAUGGAUGGGACUUUGGUAUGCUGUGAUGGCUGCCCAUGGGCAUACCACUCAAGAUGUAUUGGUCAGAAUAAAGCUUUCCUACCUCAGGGGGAUUGGUUCUGUCCAGAAUGUGUGGUUAACAAGCUUGGACCAACCUCUUCAAGAAUAGAGCGUGGCGCAAGAGGAGCUCAAUUAUUUGGCAUUGAUAUGUGUGGCAGGAGCUUCCUCGGAUGCUGCAACUAUUUGCUGGUGAUUGGAACAUCUUCAGAUGUGGAGUUUUGUGCAAGAUAUUACAAUCAUUGUGAUGUUGUCAAAGUCGUCCAAAUACUUGCCUCUUCAGAUGCAUAUACAGAUAUAUGUAGGAGAAUGACAGAGUACUGGAGUCAUCUACUUGAUAUAUUUCAGAAUGAGAGAUCAAAAAUAAGUAAAGAGGUUGGUAGAAGCCUUAUGUCACAGUCCAAUAUUCUAUCGACCGCUACUCCAGUGAAAGCAAAUAAUGGAAGUGUUCAGGCAACUUUGAAAGAUGGUCAGGACAGUAAGAUGGCAGUGCUUUCCCAGACAAAUGCACAUCAGGUUAUGGAUAAUCAAUUUACGUUGUGCUCAGCUAACAAUAAUGAAGCUUUUAGGCAAACUCCAUUAGCUAAGACCUAUGUAGAUAAUGCAUACAGAAAUGGAGCUUUUGGGCCCAGUGGGACAUCCUCAAUUUCUCACCAGAGCAUGUCUAUGGUGACAGUUAUGCCUAACAGAACACAAGCACAGCCAGCACAUGGAUUGAUUCGUCCAGACUUGUCGUGUGGUUCAGUAAUUGGUAAUGGUAUGUCUAGAGAAAAUAUCAGGAGCUCUAUUUCUGCUAGGGCAGACUUGAUCAGCCCACCUUAUAAAAGCAAGCCCCCUGUUCAGCUAAUUACUGAAAAUAUGAGUGGUGGCAAGCCAGCUAAAUUCUCAUCUUUUAGACCACAGGCUUACAUGAAUCUAUACAAUCACGGGAAUGUUGCAGCAUCUGCUGCUGCCAAUCUAGCUGUUCUUAAAUCUGAUGAAGGUAAGGCUCCAACUUCCCAUCUGACAACAAACCAAAGGAAGAAACUGGCUGCUGACUGUGCUCUACAAGUGAAAGCAUUUUCCUCAGCAGCCUUACAAUUUGUUUGGCCAAGUACUGAAAAGAAGGUUAUGGAAGUCCCAAGAGAUAGAUGUGGUUGGUGCCUUGCCUGUCAAAGUUCAGCAGGUGGAACUAAAAAAGCUUGUUUUCUUAACAUGGCCACUGCAAAUGCUUCUAAAGGAUCUGCUCGAAUUCUUAGUGGCAUGCGUUUAAUCAAGAAUUCUGAUAGCCAUUUCCCCAGCAUUGUUACUUAUUUAAGCCACAUGGAGGAAAGUUUGCGUGGCCUUUUAGUUGGUUCACUACAAGAUGUGCAGCGGAGACAACAGUGGUAUAAUCAACUAAAAGAUGCUUCCAACUGUGGAAAUAUAAUACCCCUCUUGCUUGAAUUGGAAAGUAAUAUUCGUGGUGUAGCAUUUUCUACUAGCUGGCUGAAGCUAAUAGAUGACUGGCCUGUGGAAUCUCCUAGUGCAUCUGCUGGUGCAUCCCGUCCUGCAGCAUACCAAAAACGUGGAACUGGUGGAAGGCGGGGCAGAAAACGUUCAAUGGCAUCUGAAUCUGCUCCUGUUACUGAUGAUGACAACAGCUGGAAAGAAGUGAAUUGGUGGAGUGGAGGAAAUGUUUCAAAGCGUAUCUUACAGAGGGGGGCUCUACCAAUUUUGACCAUUAGAAAAGCUGCUCGUCAAGGUGGAAAAAAAAGGAUGUUCAGUGUGUCUUAUCAUGAAGGCUCCAAUUUUCCAAGGCGGACUCGGCAACUUGCUUGGAGGGCAUGUGUUGGAUUAAGCCAGAGUUCAUCUCAACUUGCUCUCCAGGUUAGAUAUCUUGAUUCCCACAUAAGAUGGAAGGAGUUCAUCCCUCCAGAUCAAAUUCCUUCAGAAGGGAAAAGUGUAGAUUCUGACUAUUCUGUUCUCAGAAACGCAGUUGUUUGUGAUAAAAAAAUAGUUGACAAUAAGAUAAGAUAUGCACUUAAGUUUCCCAACCAGAAGCAUCUUCCUGUCCGUGUAACAAAGAAUAUUUUGGAAGCAGAAGAUAAUCAGGAUGGGGAUGGGAAAUUUUGGUUUUCUGAAAACCAUAUCCCACUAUACUUGCUACGAGAAUUUGAGCAGAAAGCUGGGGUUAGCUCCUUGCCUACUCCAGGAAUGUUAGAUUCUAACUGUUUUGCCAAUUUCUACCAAAGGCGAGUAAAAUCAUCAAUUGGAGAUGUUUUCUUCUAUCUGCUUCACAAGGGUGAUGUAUAUCCUUGCACCUCAUGCAAGAAGGAUGUUUCCUUCAGGGAUAUCAUAAAAUGCAGCUCUUGUCAAGGUAAUUGUCAUAAAGAGUGCACAUUAAGGUCUGUUGGUAGCAAAGAGGGCAAUGCUGCUUCCAGUUUAACAUGCAAGUUGUGCCUUCAGAAGCGUAGUCUUAUGCUUACAAAUUACAAUACAAACGCAAGUUUCAUCCUACCUCAACAGAAGAGUAAUGUCCAUCACGCAGUGGCAGCUCCCAAAAUAAUCUUUAAGGUUGGUUCUUCCCAUUCCGCUGAACCAGCCACAAAGGUUGAAGCUCCGCCAAUCGUGAAGGUAGAAGCCCAGCCAGUGGUCAAGAAGGAAACCUGGCCAGUUGUGAAGAUGGAAACCCAGCCAACUGCAAAUGUAGAAGCACAGCCAACUGCAAAAGUGGAAGCCUUUCCAAUUUCGAAUUUGGCAACUCAGAAUAAUGCAGGGGCGCAAGUCCAGCCUAAGACAAAAUCUAAAAAACCCAAGCCAGAAAAACCGAGAAAAUCCAAGAAGACUGAAGAGAUCAAAUACUUUGGUCUCGUGUGGAAGAAAAGCACUAAUGACAAAAAUAAUAAUGAAAAUUCUGGAGAAGUGUUCAGGGCGAAUGAUGUUAUCCUAAAAGGCAAGGAUGGUGUAGGUUCAUCAAUAAAACCUACUUGCUGUCUUUGUAAUAAGCCUUAUUGCCCAGAUUUCCUGUAUGUCCGCUGCGAGAGGUGCAAAAAGUGGUUUCAUGGCGAUGCCUUGCAACUUGAGGAAGAAAAGAUAUUUGAAUUGGUUUCAUACCGAUGUUGCAGAUGCCGAAGGCGAGCCAUACCAAAAUGUCCUCAUUCAGAUGAUUAUAAGAAGCCUGAACCAGAAUACAGUGAGCAAACAGUCGCUACGUCAUCACAGUCAACUAUGCUUUCUAGUGAGGAGAAUUUUGCUGUAGCAGAUCAAGAUCCACUGCUUGCUUCAUAUGGCAGAGUUGAACCGUUUGGAGCACAAACAAUGGAUGCUGAUUUAUCGAUGAACAUGAUGAGCUUUAACCCAGGAAAUCAGAAACUAUCAGUAAGAAGGGGACAAAACAAAAAUUGUGAAUAUGUUGACCAAUCCAGUAUACAUGUGGAUGACUAUUAUAUCCAGAAUCAACCUCAAGGGAAUGCAAACAUCAAUUUCAGUCACUCGAAUGAAUUCUCUUUGUCAGAGGCUGAUGGUGUGGAUGCUUCAGAGCUGUUGGGAUGGGAUUUUUCUCAAGGAAAUACCAGUGCUGCCCCUUCUGAUUUCGCAGCUAAUUGCCCGUGGAAUGACAUCAGCUGUGGCAGCGUUGCUGGUGAUGAAUAUGAACCACAGACUUAUUUCUCAUUCACCGAACUACUUGAAGCUGAUGAUACACAGUUCGAUAAUACAUUUGGGAUGUCUAAUAGUGUGCAAGAUGAUGGUGACCAACAAGGAAUUGGUUUUGAUGAAAUGGCUUUCAUGAUGGAAGAUGGGGCCUCAAACAUGCCUUUCCCAGCUAUUGACUCCGCCUCUGACGAGGUAGCAUGUGACAGGUGCAAGAAUCCUCAGCCGCCACCUGAUCUCAAAUGCGCAGUAUGUGGACUGCAGAUGCACCGUCAUUGCUCGCCUUGGGAGGAUGGUGAACAGCCAUCAGAUAGUGCCGAUUGGAGUUGUGGUGCCUGCCGGGAGUGGCGAUGAUGAGCUUCAAACUUUCAUUGCACUUGUUACCUGAGAGCUGCAUAGAGCAGCUGUCUAAUUACAGUCGAAGGUGGAUCUGUAGAAGAAAUCUCAUGAAGCACACCAAGGAGGAGCGAGGGAAAAUUUCCCUUCUAGCUAUUUGGCAUUGUCAGUGCCACUGACCGUUUGGGAGUUGUGGCGUUGAUUACUGGACACACCUUAGCAAUAUGGUUUGACAACCAAGGUUUUCGGCGAACUGUACAUAUAUUAAUGAAUGGUUGAUCGAAAAAGCCGUUUUCCAUUCAUCUAGGCGGUUUUCUUUUUAAGGGGAGGAUUAUAGGAUUAGAUUGCUCUUAGUUACGUGUUAUAUAGGAGCUCUGGACUUUGGAAGCCAUGUUCCUGACAAUGUGUUGUCUUGGAUUCUUUUGCCCCUUUUUUUCCCUCAGAAAAAGAAUAGAAGUGCCUCUUUCUCCGAGUGGAUGCGAUAUCCUUGAUAUAUAUAGCCUCGGCUUUUUCCUCUGAUUAAA